UUUUUUUUAAAGUAUAAGUGAGAUGCUAAGAAUCAUUGACAGGAAAGCACUGGCAUAGUAGCAUGCCUCUCUUUGUCCCUGCCUCCCAGCCCAGCUGGUCAUAGUAUCCCAUAGGUCAGUAACCAGAAGGCAAGUACAGUUGCCGAUAAAAUAAAGUUGACACGAAUCACUUGAUCACAUUGAGUCAUGCUUAAGACAAAUAUAUAUAUAUAUAUCAGAUCUCCAGCUUGAUCAAUAUUCUUCAAAAUUAAUCAAUUAAAUGCGUAUCAUAGCUAAAGAAAUUUCGAAUCGUCCAAAAAUGUGUGAUCCAUACCUCGCUUUUUGUUCUAUAAAAUCCCAACAGAAAUGUCUUAGUAAUGAAAUGGCUGGUAGUAACAACACCCAAAACCACGGUUUAAAUGGCCUAAAACAACCACAAGUGGUGGUUGUUAUGGUGCCUUUUCCAUUGCAAGGCCAUCUCAACCAGCUUUUACACCUCUCCCGCCUCAUCUCCUCCUACAACAUCCCCGUCCACUACGUCAGCACCGCCACCCAUAACCGCCAAGCCAAGCUUCGUGUCCAUGGCUGGAAUCCUCUUUCCAAAGCCAAUAUUCAUUUCCAUGAAUUCCCAACAGCAAAUUUUCCCAACCCCCCUCCUAAUCCUAAUACCUCCCUUAAAUUCCCCGCUCAUCUUCAACCCUCUUUCGAUGCCUCGGCUGACCUUCGAGGGCCUAUUUCCGCUCUAUUCCGUGCACUUUCGGCCAGAGCUAAAAGGGUCGUCAUUAUCAAUGAUUCUCUCAUGGGAUCAGUGGUUCAAGAUUUUGUUACUGUAUCAAAUGCUGAGUCCUACACCUUCCACAGCGUUUCUGCUUUUUCUAUAUUCUUUUUCAUGUGGGAAAGGAUGGAAAACCCUUUUCCUGUUGAUAAAGAAAUCUUAAAAAUCCUUCCUCCCAUGGAUGGCUGUUUUACUCCUGAAUUCAGUAAUUUUGUGAAAGCACAGCACAACUUUGUGCAAUUCAAUUCUGGCCGCAUUUACAACUCAUGCAAAGUCAUAGAAGGUCCAUAUCUUGACUUACUUUCAAAGGAAGAGAUAAGCCUAAAUAAGAAGCAGUGGGCUCUUGGACCAUUCAAUCCAGUGAAUAUUAUGCACCAAAAAAGUGGGCCAAAGGAACAAAAUAAUGAACGUCAUAAAUGUCUCCAGUGGCUUGACAGCCAAAGUAAUAACUCGGUAAUAUUUGUGUCCUUUGGUACCACAACUUCGAUUUCUGACGAACAAAUCAGAGAACUUGCCUUUGGCUUGGAAAGAAGUGCCCAAAAGUUCUUGUGGGUGCUGAGGGAUGCUGACUCAGGAGAUGUUUUUGUUCAAGAAACUAGAAAACUGGAGCUGCCAAAAGGGUUCGAACGAAGGGUUGAAGGCAGGGGCUUGGUGGUGAGAAACUGGGCACCCCAGUUGGAGAUUUUGGGGCAUUCAGCAACUGGGGGUUUUAUGAGCCAUUGUGGAUGGAAUUCUUGCAUGGAAAGCAUAACCAUGGGAGUGCCCAUGGCAACAUGGCCUAUGCAUUCAGACCAACCAAGAAAUGCGGUGCUGAUAACUAAGAUACUGAAAGUUGGUCUGGAGGUGAAAGACUGGGCUCACAAAGAUGAGCUUGUGACAUCCUCAAAAGUCGAGAAAGCCGCUAGAAUGUUGAUGGCGGAGGAGGAAGGACAACAGAUGAGGAAGAGGUCAGCGGAGAUGGGGGCAGCUGUCCGGACAUCUUUGGCUGAAGGUGGCGUAACUCGGAUGGAGUUGGAUUCUUUCAUUGCUCAUAUUACAAGAUAGACUUGAAAAAUUAAGGCAUUGUAUACUGCUAGAUUAUUGCUUGUUUUAUUGGUUUGUAAUUGUAAUUUGAAUUCAUCAAUUUAGAAGCCAAAUUUAGUGUACAGUUAGAAGGUAUUUGUCAUGGUAAAUGUGUAAUUGAAAGUGGAAACACUUCCUUUUAGGCAUCCUUCAGAAUGUCACAUUUCUUUAUAACCCUACUGAUUAAUGUGCAUGCAAAUCUGAA